AUGGCUCAAUAUCAACCGCCAAACAAGAAAGCGAAAAAUAUGUCUAUUCUCUCAUUCUAUAAAAAAGGAGGCCAAAUGAGUGGCGAUUAUCAAUCAAAAAAGGAUAUACCUAGUGCAUCUAACAUUGACAAUGAUCUUGAUUUGCAACCUCAUGCCCUACCCCAAGUUGUUGAACCGAAGCAACUCCACUCCACUUCUAUUGAAAAAGAUCAUGGGUUACGUAUUCAAAUGCAUGAAUACUCGGUGAAUCAAAGGGAUGAGGUUAGACGAGCUUAUAUCAAUUUGGCGCCUUAUCAAUCUAAACUUUCUAAUUAUCCUAGCUCUUGGACUGGAAAGCAGAAUCGGCGAUUUAAGUACGAAUGGUUCAAACAAUUUCUUUGGCUAGAGUAUUCUCCUUCAAAUGAUAAAGCAUAUUGUUUUCCAUGCUUUCUCUUUGAAGAGAGAAAUAAAACGGGGACUCGUUCUGCACUUAUGCUCUGUUCGGUAGGAAGGAAGAAAGAAGGGUGGAAAGAAAAUAGGAGGGAAGAAACAAAAUUCCUUCGCUCUGUAGGAAAGAGACACGAAGGGAAAGGAUAA